AUGUUCUCGAUUUUUAUGAGAAUUCCCGAUACUGCUCAAGUUGAUGCAGUAUUUUCAGAAGCGUACGCUUCUAUCGAGCAAGGAUUGUGUUAUGAUGAAGUUGGUGACUGGGAAAACACGUUGGCGAUGUACGAGAAAGGAAUGAAUUUGAUCAAGGAAGGAGAGAAAAUGAAGCACGCGAAGAAGAGUGAAAUGUGGAAAAUGCUGCAGGAAGCGAAGAGCAGUGUUGAGCAUAGAAUCAAAGUGCUCAAAAAAGAGGGACCAAAAGCACCAAGUUCGGAGAAAGUCAAGGAAGCCGAGCAGAGUGUUGAGGACGAGAAAGAAGCCAUCAGAAUGCAACUCGACUCAUUCGGCUCACAAGAGGCGGAUCUCAUCUAUUUCUUGCCAGAAGGCGUCCAAUUGUUCACUAUUGAUGACGAAAAAACGACUGCACCAACUGCUCCAACAUCUCUUCAAAUUCUCCGUUUCCCCCAACCACUCGCCGAUGGAUCCACUUCUGACACGCUUGCUUUCAUGCAGGUCGGACCGUGGGCUUACCCACUUAUGGGUUCAAAAACUCCGGUGCUUCGAAAUGAAUUCGGAGCGUAUAUUGUGGCGAAUCCGACGCCAGAGAAUCCGAAUAUGACGGUCGCCAUCCUCCUUUCAUCUGAUAUCGAGCCACGUCUCGUCGAGGAACUUCACAUUGUCCUCCGACAAUUUACUGACUUUAAAGAGCAAACCGAGCCAAGCACAGAGCUCUCAAAAGACGAAAAGAAGAAAAUUUCAACUCAAAUCGCGAAUUUUUUGAUUCGAGGAGGACAGAAAAUCGCGUGGGGAGUAGAAACGACGACGGUUCGAGUGAUUUCGAGAGUCGAAGAGAACGGAGAAACGUAUCGAACGACACUCGUGGCGACGGAUAAACCAAUGCAAGUGUCGCCUGUCGUGAGAGGAAGUGUCGUUUAUAUGCAUAAGGGAACGAAGACGGUCGCCAAGUGUACCAGAUAUUUGUUGGAUAAAAUCGGAGAUAUGGGAGUAUCCGUCGGCAGAUCGUUGGCCGAAGGUGCACAGAAACGAUUUGGAGAUGGGAAGACGGGUGGAUUGGUGUCUGGAACUAUUGAAAUCCUCGGAGGCGGAAUCGCCGGCGUCUCAACGGUCUGGAUGAGUCUAGAGGAUGGAUCCCGUCACCUCUGUCGUAGUAUCGCCAAUCAAACCGUCCAAAAUGUGAAACUAAAAUACGGAGACGACGCAUCGGACACCACUCAUCACGCUCUAUUCGCCGCUGGACACGGAACACUCGCAGCUGCUCAAUUAUGGGAUUUAGGACCGAGAAGUGUGGCUGGAAGGAUGGCGAGAAAGGCGGGAAUUCAAAUUGUGACUGAUUUACAUCACAGUCGAAAAGGAAGUCAGAUGGAGGAGAAAGUGACAGCUGUGGAGGUCAAAAAAGCGCUUUAA